AUGAACAUCAGCGCCAUAGAUAGCACGCCUGGCCGCGACGAGUUCCAGCACUUCAAGGCGGACUUCUUCAAGAGCAGGUCGCUCUCUGUGGGCACAGACGCCUCGGGCGACCUCAGCGGCGAGGGCCGCUCCCGCUCCCCGCUCGGCAAGCUCACGAGGAAGCUGAGGCGCGCAGUCUUGCCCGUCCCGAUCGCCACGACGUCCGACUCGCUCUCGUCGGUCAUCUCUGCCUCCUCCGCCAACACCUCGCCCGCCACCUCGCCCUCCGCCAACCUCAAGCUGCUCAGCCCGCUCAUGCCUGCACCGCCACCGCACGCCGCUCCGCGCGACCACGGCGCGCCAGACAUCGCGGACGAGUACUUCCUCAGGCACCAGCAGCGGUCCGCCGGCCGUGCGCACCAAGCCGGCUCGAUCUCUGCCUCCUCCGCCACAGACUUUGACAGUCUGUACUCUCUAGACGACCCUUCCGACCGCGUCUCGCUCCGCAUCCGCGCCAGCAGCGACCUGCUGCUCGGCGCCCAGGUGCGCGAGCUCAACUCGCUGCUGGCCGCCACCCACGACAGCCCCGGCUGGAGCGUCAGGGACGGCCUGCUCAUUCCUGCGGACACGGCUCCCGACCCCAAACCCGUGCUCGAGCGGCUCAACCGCCAGUGA